GCCAAUGAAAACCGGAGGAGAAACGGAGCUGCCUGCCGUCGCUUCUCUUCGCUGAGGCGGGAUCUCAAAAGCCCCGAUCUUCGCGGGAGACACUUGCGCGGGUUGCACGAAACAGCUGGUUGGGCUCGCCUGGGCAGUUGCAGUCGAACCAUGGUGAAAAUCGGUUUCCAGCCGGUUACAGCUGAGCUCAAGCCGAAGAAAGAGACACCACUUGCAACGCGCCACGGGGCUCCAGCAAAAGGCCUCGUCCUCUCUCAGGAUGCGGAGAAGCAGCCCUUAUCUUUGCCACAGCAGAGUUGGAGACCUCUUACUUGCAUCUUCUUUUUGGCCUUGGGAUUUUUGUUGUUACUGCUUGGCUUGAUUUUAACAUCAACCUACAUCUACAAAUAUUUAUCUCUUACUCAGUCAGUUGCUCAAAUGGGCAUGGAUAUGCAAAGGACAGAAUAUUACAAUUAUGAGGAAGGAGGUUUGGAAUGUGACUACUUUGAAUUCGAUGAUUCAUCUGAAAUCAGGACAGUGUAUGAGGAUGUGAAGAUUUUCCUUGGAGAGGAUUAUGAGGAGAUCAGCAUCCCAAGAGCCAAUGUUGGGCAUCCUGCAGAUAUUAUCCAUGAUUUUCAACAGGGAUUCACAGCUUAUUAUGAUUGGGUAGUAAAUAAAUGCUACAUUGGAGAGCUAAAUACUACUAUUAUCAUGCCACUUAACCAUUUCUGGGAGCUGACACUUAAUAUAAAGAAAGGGGAAUAUUUGCCACAAACCAACAUGAUCCAGGAAGAGAGGAUGGUGACAGAACCUGCCAUUGACCCAGUUCUGUUUGGCUCCUAUAUUCAUAAACUCUGCCAAGGGAAGGAAACCUUCAGAUUGGGCCAUAGGAUAGCAAGAGGACAUAUCCAUCAACGAGCUACUGAGAAGUGUCAUCACAUCCGCCAUUUUGCAAAUACUUUUGUGAUUGACACAGCAAUUUGCCAGCCAUUGUGAGAGCUGCCACUCAGAUUUUUUGUAUCCUGGAUUUUGCUUCUUUUUGUAAAAAAAAUUCUAAGAAAAAAAAAUGCCUACCAUCAUCUAUUACUAAAUUGUUACAUCAUUGGUGUUUGAUAUUGGGCCAAUGCUUUAUAUAUUAAUCCUCAUUAAUUUUUCAUAGACUGAUAAUAAAACAUAAUAUAAUAAAGCCUUUUCAUAGUACAUUGUCCUAUAAGUCUAAAGUUGGGAACUGGAAGAUAAAGGAAAAAACCACAAGAAAAGCUGGAAUAGAAAAAGUUGACAGAUUGUUUGUCUUUUGGCUUUUUUCAGACAAUAUUGUAUGAGCUACUUCUUUGUAAAGACAUCCGCUGAGUAUAGAAAAUAUAUGCAAGAGCAUAGCAUUAAUAAAAUAUUUUUCCAACUUAAUUUUUAAACCUUGCUUUGAUACUAUUUUCUACUAAUUUGAUCUCAAAUUAAUUUUCUUUGUUCAUUAAUCUUGUUAAAUUGUGGAAAACCCAAAUCAUGAUAAUGCUGUAUUAUUAUUAUUUUUAAAUUGAGGUAGAUUUUAAGAGUCAAAACAUCACUACUCUGGGAUAGCCAUCCCCAGCUUGCUUGGGAGCUUUUCAAAUUGAAGUGUCAUACUUUUGAAGGAUGGACAUCUGGCUGGGAAAAGCUGCUCUGGGAUGAAAGAAAACAUUUAAUGCUUUAUAUAUUUUACCUACAAAA